AAAAGUAGACAAUAUGGCGCAGUAGGCAGCAGCAGUAAGACACCGCGAAUCCAGACCAUUGAAAUGUCUCCGGCCGGUGAACUCAGGUGGCUCUGCCGCAUGCUCGACGACUCUCUCCGCCCCUACACACCACCACAGCCAGAGAAAGAGAACCAAAUUCUAAUCGCUUCUUCUCAGGUCGUGACUAAAAUUCAGCUUCGGAUUCGCGAAUUUGAUUCUCGCGCGGAAACGAAACGUGCGCCGAACGAAGAGCAAUUGUGCAGUCCGAACUAUCAUUCUUCCGUGCACCAGUGUCUGCCAAAGAUCGUCGCCGAAAUGAUAAUUUUGCUAACUGUGAAGAGUGAAUUUGUUCAUCACGUGGCUGUCAAUGCUCUUGUCUUAAGUUCACAGUUUGUGUCCACAACGGGGAACAAUUGGGAUAGAUUCAUUCAUUUGCUGUGCUGUUCGUUGGAAAUGGCCAUUGUGAGGACACUGUUGUGUUCAGAUGCGCCUUCUUCUGGAGCUGAAAAUAGGGACUUUGAUUGUUCUGACAUUGAAUUCGUGAUGCAAUAUGGACUGAAGAAUUGUGAUUGGUCUAGUGUGGCAGGUAUUGUUCGAGUGCUGCGUGUUAUAUGUAAAUAUUUGAAGGAGGACUGUGAUGAUGGACUUGUCAAAGUGUACUACGACUCUAUCAAUUCUUGUCUUUUGAAAAUGCCGUGGGAUUUAUUGGAUCAGUAUUGGAGCUGUGACAUUCGUGGCACAAAUAACAGCUCUUCUGUCAAUCAAUUUUACCGCAAUAAUUUUGGUGUUAUGGAGCCUGGAAAGAAGUUUCUUGGGACUUUUCUUCAGUUACUUUGCUCUUUGGUUGACCGGAAUGAUUUAGUCAAAACUGAUUGUGAUUCUGCCAAUAAACAUCCACUUUUUGUCACAGUAGUGGAUCUUAUACCUAGACUUGCUAAGUGGUGUCACAGCAAGCAAGAAGAUAGUGCUGAGACACACAUCAUUCAUUACUUAAAACACAAGUUUCUGAUUCUGAUGAUCAGACUUGGCUCACUCACAUGGCUAGACUGUUCGAUCCAUGUUUCUUGGUUUGAACUACUUCAUAACUACUUUCAAGAGCCUUUGAAUCAACCUUUAACUCAAUAUCACUCUGAUCAAAUUGAUUGUCUGGAGGGCUCUCCAUUUUUGUUGAGUUUGUCUGACAGAGAAGCAUGUGGGGUGCAUUCCAGCCACCUACAAAGACAAGUUGUUUUCCUCUUACUGGCUUGUUCUUUCAGUUUGAUCCGUCACAGUGGAGAAAAUGUGAACAACUGUAAUUGUUCAACUUUAUGCUCAUGUUUCACCACUAUCCCACAUUCAGAGCUUGAUCACUUCUGCAGAAGAAAGGGAUCACUAGAGCUUUACAGGUGGAUUCAAGGACAUCUUCCAACUGAGAUAUCUAUCAACCAAGAAAACUACUUGCAGAUAUGUAUGAACUUCAUGUCAUCUUUCCUCCAGCUAUAUCUUCGUGAGGAUGAUCUAUUAUUUGAAGUGCUUUUGCAAUUGUUAAGCAUAUCAUCUUGUCUCCAGCAACAGUCUGAAAAAAAGGAUUCUGCAUAUCAGGAUGUAAAGAAAGAUUUUCCAUUUGAUCUGGAAGACAUUUUUAAUCCUGUGCACCUUUUCCACCUGUUUCUUUCUGAGAUACAUUAUGAUCACCAAGUGCUUCUUGAUUACCUCAUUUCAAAAGAUACUGGAAUAUGUUGUGCUAAAUAUCUUCUAAGAUGCUUGCACUUAGUAUGCAACUCAUGGAAGUUAUUUGUGGAAUUUCCAUUAUACGGAGAAUUUUUAAAUCAAUCAUUGUGCAAGAGAAGAAAAGUUCUAGGCGAUGGUCUACAGUUUCUAGUUGAUGGAAUGCCUACUUCAGUUGACAGUGGUGGAAAUAUCAUAUUGCAUAUCAAGAAUUAUAAGGAAGACAGGGAAUGUGAUUUCAAGCACAAUAAUAUUAAGCCAUUCAAGAAAGCUGCAGAAUGUUUACUAUCUUUAAGCAAUUCUGUUGAUAAUCUUCAUAAAAAAGACUUGUUUCCAUAUAAUCCUGAAGUGCUUCUGAAACGUCUAAGAAGAUUUCAAGAUCUCUGCUGUAAAAUAUAGUGGAUUCCUUGGAGAGAAGACUGAGUAAUUACCCAAACUGCAUGUCUGACCCUGAAAGCUUGGCUAUCUAGACUUUAUUAAUGAUUAUAGAUCUACAUUUUUGGGGAGUGGUGGCACGGAGGAACCGAGGAACAGAAAGGAGAGAAAAUUUCUGCUGGUUCCGAGUUGUGUGGAUAUAAGAUGGCUACUCCACUGGUAUAGGCAGGUCAGAGUGCUCCAGGUCAAGACAUUGUUGCUGCAGGUGUCUAUCUAAUCAUAGUCUUGGUUCACUCUAAAUCUAUAUAGUAUUCUAUGGGUUUGUGGAUUGAUGCCAUCUUCAGAGAGUCUGAUGAGUGAUAUCAUGGACUUGGGCUGCAUAUAAUCUGAAAAAUUGGUGUAUCACUGUUUUCAAUCUUGAAUUUGUAAAGGAACAAUUCCCUUCCCUCAACCUUUAGCCAGCAGCAUGAUAUUCUCUUUGUUAAACCUUUUUGUAACAUAUCCUCCUAGUAAUCCAAACAAUUCUCAUAUUGUAGGAUAUGUCCUCCUUGUGGAUGCCUUUCCUUUCUUCAUACGUGGAGCUUGGAUUCUUUCUCCUCCAAACAAGCAUGUAAGGCAUCUUAAUGGCUGUUUGUAGCAUCCUUCCUUUUUUUUCUCGCAUAAGUUGAAGGAUGGGUUCAUACUGUUUUUUGACUAUUGAUGUAAUGAUAGAAGAAAUGGUCAGCUGGGAUUAAACGUUUUUCAGGUAGAGUUUUGCGCAUAAUUGUUUAUAGACGAUUUUCAUUUGAAUGAAGAAAUUGUUAAUGAAGGGUAAAAAGGAAAAUACUUAACAUUAGUUUUGAGGACAUAGGAAAAUAUUUGGGCUUC